UAUCCUAGGCUUGUAUAAAAGCUUCUGAAUUCGUCAAAUCAGUAUCAGUCAAACAGACUAAUUCACCCAAAGCACAAUGGCAGCUAAGUUCAUCGUAUUCCUCUUCGCCGUCGCCGUGGCCCAAGCCGCAGUCGUGGUCGACAAUGAAGCCACCAGCUUCGAAUACGGCGUCGCCGACCCCAGCACUGGUGACUACAAGAGCCAAAGUGAAUCCCGUGUUGGAGGCGUUGUCCGCGGCCAAUACUCCCUAAUCGAACCUGAUGGCUCCAAGCGCACUGUUGACUACACCGCUGACGACGUCAACGGAUUCAACGCUGUUGUACGCAAGGACCCAGUCGCCACCUCUGUCGUCACCCCCGUUGUUGCCGCCCGGUCUGUUGUUGCCCCAGUCGUCACCAAACAGUUUGCCCCAGUUACCUACGCUCGCUCAUACAGCCCAGCUGUCGUCUCCCCAGUGGUCGGUACCGUUGCCCCCGUCUACGCCAACGCUCCAGUAUACGCCUCAGCUCCCCUUGUACGCAACUACGCUGCCCCCACCGUCUACGGAAACACCGUAGUUUCCCAGGCCUACCCCUACUACAACGCCUACAAUACUGUCCCAGUCAACUACUACUAAGAACUUGUACAGUCGUUAUGUAAAUAUUGUUAUUUCGAUGCUUUAAAUACAGUUGAAUUUCACUA